AUGGUUCUUGCGGUGCAAGUUUUCAUCGACCCCGAGACCGGGGAAAGGCAUGAGCAAAUUGUGGAGAGCCCAUCGAAGCCAAAGUUUCAGGUUUCUCAACAGGGAGAAGCAAAUGAUAGAGGUGAGUCCAGCAGUCUUAUCGGAGCUGGUCGCUCAGUAGAUGACCGUGCCGCAAGAAAAAAGCAGGUAACAAUCGCGGUUGAGGAAGAUCCCGUUCGCGACGGGAGAAACGACCGCCGGGCAACCGCUGAGGAAAAACAGAAGGCCCAGAAGGCACGAAUGCAUGACCUUCGCAAGCGAGCUGGUACUACAUUUCUUUGUACCAUUCGCUCUCGUACAUGAAGUUGUCCUCGUAGCAGUAGUUGUAAGCCUUCUUUUCUUGGCAGCAAAAGAAUUCAACAAUGUCUGUCCGAUGUGCGUCGUCUCAUGUCAUUCCUAUUCCACUAUCUACUUACUCAGAGUGCUAGCUGAAGAACAAGAUGUACUGCAGAGGAUAUAUGCAAUCAUAAUGUGAGAUGCCUUGAAUGUUUCACGCCACUGUUACAAUCAUAAUCUACAGCCCAGAAAUUCGUUGCUCGGCAGCGAAGUCCGAAAAAGCACGAGAAGAUGGAUCUGAUAUCUCGUAAGAAUCAUCUGCAUAUACACGGAUUCGAAUUCGAUGGAGAGCACGCCGUUUCGAAAGAACGUCGCCAGCGCCGUAUGAAUGCGGCGCGGGCGCAGCAAUUUUCUAGAGAUCCCUCCCCGGAGGUACAUGGGUCUGACAGGGUUGUUGACCGUAUGCGCAGUCCGAAACGCUACGACGGAAAUUAUGGCAUCUUCAGGACUUGCGUUGAGCUCUUGAGUUCGUCGAAACUGAGCAGGAGCAAUCGCUCAUGAAGCUUGCUGAUGUUCUCGGAAGUAGAAUAGUAGCUCCCCCUGUAUCUACUUUGUCUUUGUGAUUGUGCUUUCAAAAUUUGUUGUGCUGUCGUGCUUGAUAAGUAGCCUUGAAAAAUACUAGAGCCACUUAACGUAUAUGUCUAAGUGACGGUACGAGAAGUGGAUUUGAUGGGACGGUCACGGAACUACAAGAUUCUAGAACGCGAUCUGACAGAAGAUGACCAUGCGGCAAUGGCUGAGACCGAACGACGGAAGGCUCGAAACCAAGCGCAAGCGGCGAAAAUGGUGCGCGAUCAGAGGGCUCGCGACGCGCGGAGGGGAAUAACUCACAAAUACGGUUAAGACCGCUGGAGAUGUUCCAUUUUGCCUGCAGUUGAGUCGUAUCAUACAGAGAAUUGUAGUAGGUAGUUGAGUGCGCCUACUGCAUGUUAGAAUCUGUUGUAUCUAGCUUUGAAGCGAUCCGUAGACACGCGUAGUACAGCAGAGAGAAUUGAAUAAAGAGAAGAGUACAACUAGGACUAGGACACCAGGUGCAGAUUGAUUUUGGAAGAUGUUGAUUUUCGAGAUGGAUUCCGAAAAGCUCUAAAGAAGCAAAGAUAGGCUGUCUGUGGCAAAACCGAAGGUACCAGGGUACAUAGUGGCGCGGUCGCGCUCACCAUCGCCCGGGAGUGUUGAUCGUAUCGCCGCGGGAGUAGAAGCUGCAGGCGAAAAGCGGGAUCGAGGAGCGAGCAAACGUCUGAAAGAGAUACAGGAUAAAACGCGACAGUCAAUAGAGGAGAAAAAGAAGAAAGAUGCAGACGAGGCUGCAGAGAAGGGGUACAACAAACUUGCAUCAAACUUCAUCAAAGUGUGAGAAACAACUUUUCUGAAGUUGUGUUCGAUAUGACACUUAAAUGAUACGACAGCUUGAUUUCUCAGCCUCUUUCAUCAACAGAAAUAUAUGCAUAAUAAACCUUUACACGGCAUCACGACUAAAAACAGGGCUUUACUCGCGGUGGC